AUCUACUCCAGCUCCCUCACGAUGAUCGAAGCGACCAUCUCACGCACCGGUCUCCGGCGUGUCAUUGUCUCGUCUCAGAAUACAACGAAGAGACGGGCAUUCCAUCAAUGCAAAGCGCUGCUGGCCACACCUACCGAGUCGCAACCAGGCAUUCGCGCUGCACCCGCCAUCCGUUUCACAUCUAACAACAACCAAUUCGGCCGUAAUCAAUCACAAGCGCAGGUGGUUCAACGGCGAGAUGGGCCAUCAAGAGGUAGAGAUACGCGACGUGGUGGAGCAGGAGCAGGAUCUGGGGAAAGAGACAACGAGCAACAGGAGCUGUUGAACAGAGUCCGCAUUGUGCCUGCAUCACCUUCUUACUUCACCGCUACGCCAAAGUACACCGACGAUCUUCUACAUCUAUCUUCCUUACUACGAAAGCACUUGGCGCUGCCAGUACUUCCACCCGGCGAGGCACCCCGUGUGGCAUGGAAGACCAUCAGCCAGUACAAGGUGGAGGUCGGAGAGCCAGUGCGAUCCAAGGGUUACAACAUGCUACUUGCAGUGUUGAAGAGAUUGAAUUACAUCCAUCCAUCACUCAUUCCUGAUGAAGUCACACAAGCGCUUGAGAAGUUCAAGAGGCUGGUGCAGCCAUAUCUCAACCGACCGAAGCCGAUCAUCUUGGACCAGAGUGGACGAGCAAGAGCUGUUGGUCGGAGAAAGGCGAGCCAUGCUGCAGUCUUUGUGGUCGAAGGCGAGGGAGAAUGCUUGAUCAAUGGUCGAUCACUCACGGAAUACUUCGGUCGGCUACAUGAUCGUGAGUCUGCCGUGUGGGCGCUGAAGGCCACGCAAAGACUGGACAAGUACAAUGUCUGGGCAUUGGUGAAGGGAGGCGGGACAACAGGACAGGCAGAGGCCAUCACGCUUGGAGUGGCCAAGGCUCUUAUGGCUCACGAGCCGGACUUGAGGCCCGCACUACGGAGAGCUGGAUGUAUCACACGCGAUCCUCGUCGUGUGGAGAGGAAGAAGCCCGGAAAGCUCAAGGCACGCAAGAUGCCAGCAUGGGUCAAGCGCUAG